CAGAAGACUUCGAUUCUCGGUUUAAUUUGUGUAUUUGUUUUGAAGGGAAGGAUCAUGCUACUUGUACAUACAUCUGAAAGUAGUUUUAAACAAUAAUUCGUAAUGAAUGUUUGGAGGCUAUAUAAAUCCCAUUGUAAAUACUUUAAUUGACGUGUGUGGUAUGUUGGUGCAGGAUCAGUAUCCUUGUUGUUUCUAGAGGGAUAAAUAAGAGAGGAGUGUGUCAUUUAGCUGAUUUCCUAAUAAGUACUAGAAUAAGUUUUUCAGAAUAAAUGUGUGACUAGUUUAACCAUACGGUAUGCUAUAAUAGUUUAAGUCCCUACUAGUAUUUAAGCAUCUCGAAUCUACUCUUUAUGGUUCUUUAUUCUCACUCCUACUCUUGAAGUAGGGUCUUUCCCUUCUAUUAGAGUUUUCAAGGAUAGUCUAUAAAUUAUUUAUCUGGGAUAUCUGUGACUUCAAGGGAACAAAGACAGUCAGAAAUAAACAAAAAUGUGUGGAAACCUACACAGCCAGUGAGGACAGUUUGACAGAGUGAUUUUCCCUAAGUGAAGUGCUAUGGGUUGGUUGGGACUUUCAAGAGUAAUUUUUGAGAGCAUUAUGGUUAUGGCAGCAGUAUGGAAAGCUGCCUUAUUUUGUUGCCAGAGUGCUUGUGCUGCAGGAUGGAAAGCCAGGGGAGCUUUGGUGAUCCAUGCAAUUGUUUGCAGUGACAUUGCUGAUGGAGCAGCUGCAUCAGAGCCUGGUAGAAUAUGCUUUUCAUGGCACUGGCACUGAUGAUGGACAGGUGGUCAGGCAAAAAUGAGUGCUGAUGUAUCAGUGAUUCUAUUAAUAUAACCCCGAAUGUAUUGCUUCCCUUUCUCUUGUCCCAGUGGCAUAUUAGAAUGAUGUAGUAAGGAAGUGGAACUAGUGGGAUUGUAAAUUCUCAUUGGAAUGCUGCUGCUGUUAUUGGUUGUAGUCAGUUUACACAUGCUAUUUUAAGUCAAAAUUACUGUGAAUGGGUUGAAAAAGAUUGGAAAAAAGCCUCCUUGAUAUCUAGGUGAAUAUCUCUAGAUUUGUUGCAGUCAUAAUUGCUUACGAAACUCCUACAGCUUAAUAUUUGCUAUUAGGCAGAGAAAGAUGGUCUUUAAAUGUCUGUUUUUUCUUAGUGCUUCUCUCAUGUUUUUUUUUUUCCUGAUAUGAUGGAUUUUUCCCUCUGGUCUUCUGUUUUUUCAUUUUACCAGUAGGACUGUGUCUAUUCAGUGUGUUCUACCUAUCCCAAAUAUGAGGGGAAGAUGAGAAAGUUACUUUCUCCCCCAAAUCCAUUUUUAUCUGUCUUGCCUUCUGUCUAGUGGCAUAUCGGAGAGAUGAAAUGUGGUCUGAAGGGCGAUAUGACUAUGGAAGAGUUCCAAGAGAACGUCUCCCUCCAAGGAUGCAUGGUGAUGGUGAUUACCAUAGAAUAGUAAACAUUGUGCCCAAGAAGCCACCACUGCUGGAGAGACCUGGGGACGGGAGUUACAGUCGCUAUGACGAUUAUGGUCACGCUGAGUACAGAGACUAUGACGAGGGUCGUAGUUUUGCCCAUGACCGCAGAAGUGGCCCCCCACACCGAGGUGUACGUAAGGAUGAAUCAGGAUACAGAUGGGCAAGGGAUGAUCAUCCUACAAGACCUGAAUACAGGGAUGUCAGAGAUGGCUUCAGAAGAAAAAGCUUCUAUUCUUCUCAUUAUGUGAGAGAUCGAUCCCCUCACAAGAGGGACUCUCCUUUCUUCAGGGAAUCGCCAGGGAGCCGAAGGGAUUCUCCGCACAGCAGAUCUGGCUCUAGUGUCAGCAGCAGGAGCUACUCUCCUGAAAGAAGCAAAGCCUAUCCUUUCCACCAGCAUAGCAGAAGUAUGUCAUCUUUACAUAAAAGAAAUGUUUCUUCUCAGCAAGGUAAAGAGAGGACAGUUCAGUCACUGAAAACGUCAAGAGAUGCAUCACCUUCAGGGUCCACAGCAGUACCUUCAUCAAAGGCCUUGGAGAAGAGCAGCAGACUAUCAGAAAAGGAACUUGCAGAAGCUGCAAGCAAGUGGGCAGCUGAAAAGUCAGAGAAAGCCGAGGAAAGCAAUUUACCUGAAAUAACAGAAUAUGAUGCUGGAUCUUCAGCUCCAUUAUACAUUGAGCAAACAGAGGAAACAGAAGCAAAUCUAACAGAUAGUACAGAAUUAUAUGAGGACAGCCAGCUUCUUAGUCGUUCAAAAGCAAUUGCAGCUAAGACAAAGGAGAUUGAACAGGUCUACAGACAAGACUGUGAAACCUUUGGCAUGGUAGUGAAGAUGCUCAUUGAUAAAGAUCCAUCAUUAGAGAAGUCCAUUCAGUUUGCCCUGCGGCAGAAUUUGCAUGAAAUAGGUGAGCGAUGCAUUGAAGAACUCAAACAUUUCAUUGCUCAGUACGAUGCUGCCAACCAAGAUGUUUCAGAGUCCUUCAAAGAGGGCACAUACUAAGGACAAAAAUAUGCUUUUAGAUCCCCUGCAUUGUGUCUGGCAUAGUACAUAAAUCUGCUUUUUGUGG